GUGUGUGCGAGAGGAUUGCUGACCUCCUCGCCGACGCAGGAUAGUUCGUGUAACCUCUGAUCGGUUACGGUUUCCUCCACCGUCAAGUCCAUGCAUCUAAAACAAGUAACCCUGGUAAUGAACUGGUAACUGGACGAGAGUUCGUGGUCUCCAUAUGAUAAAGCCGUCUUGUCUGCUUUUCACUUCCCCUGAAUACAUAUGUAAAUCCUAUCCUAUCCAUUUUGCAGAUUCAGGUAUAAACUGGAUUAAACAGACCUCACAAGAUGUCAAAUUGUUUUCAAAAUAAAGUAGUUUUGGUAACUGGUGCUUCGAGUGGAUUCGGAAAAGCUAUCGCUCUUCAAUUUGCAGAGCAUGGUGCAUUGUUGGCAUUGACAGGGAGGAAUAAGGUGAAUUUGGAAAAAGUUGCGAUAGAAUGUAAAAAUAAAGGAGCGAAAGAUGUUUUGAUGAUAUUGGCAGAUUUUGGAAAAUUAGAAGAAAUUAAAAAUGUUGCGGAAAAAACUAUCGAAAAAUAUGGAAAACUUGACGUUUUAGUCAACAAUGCCGGUGUUGUACAAUUUGGAAAUCUGGAAAAUUCCAAAUUAGAAGAUCUGGAUUGGCAAUUAAACAUCAAUGUUAAAGCCGUCGUUUAUUUGACACAAUUAUUAAUUCCUCAUUUAGUAAUAUCUAAAGGAAACAUCGUAAAUAUCUCUAGCGUUAGCAGUACAAUGCAGUUUCCUCAAGCCUUGUUUUAUGGGUUGACAAAAUCUGCUUUGGACCAAUUCACGAAAACGAUUGCUCUUGAGUACGCUCCUAAAGGUGUUCGAGUCAAUUCUGUGAAUCCUUCUGUAGUCCCAACAGCUCUCCUUCGAACUGUACCUGGCGGAAUUCCCGAUGACGCAACUUAUGAAAAGGUUUCCUCGGUCCAUCCUAUUGGUAGAAAUGGAACAGUGGAUGAAGUAGCAAGUGCUGUGUUGUUUUUGGCAUCUGAUUCGUCAGCUUGGACCACUGGGCAAUGUUUAAUGCUCGACGGAGCAAGAUCACUCAAUGUAAAAUAAGUGCACCAAUCAAGUCCAUGCAUUUGAAACAAAUACCUUGCCAACUAAUCCCACGCCCGACAUUGACUGGUGACUGGAUGAGAGGCCGUGGUUCGCCAUAUGAUUGAGUCUUCUUAUCGACUUUCUUUUCCCCCUGGAAUAAUAUAUAAUUCCCAUCCUAAGUUUCAUUUUGUGUAACCGUUACUUUUAAAUGUGACUUUUUCACGAUUUCAACCGCAUUAUAUUAAUUUUGAUUUUCUUUUGUAAUGUAUGAUCAAGUUUUUAUACCUAUCUCAACUAGCAAUAAAUAUUCAUAGUAGUAAAUGCACUUACCAGAAUUCCACAGCCAAGACGAUUACCUUUUUUUUACUGCUUUUAUACGAGUAAUUUUGCAAUUUUGUAUUUUCUUCUGCUUUUGUUCACUUUUGCAUGCAAUAGUGUUCAACAAGAAAUGUUUAAGUCCAUGCAUUGGGGACAAUGAAUGAUAAACUAUUCUCCUACCCUACUUGGAAUCAUGGCAGGGUGUCGAAAAAAUUUUAAACGAAUUUCUGGUCAUUUAAAAGUCGACUCGGAUGCGAAGCUUCUUUGACUAUUUGUUAAAAACACUCUGUUAACUUAAUAAUCUUGCACUUGCGAUUGGCAAUUGUGACUUUGAUUUUUGGGAUUUUGGCAAUAAAAAAUCUGAAAUUAUAACUCCUACUUUGACUCAGGAUAAUUCAAAAUUUCGACUCAUGACUCUGGAAAGUUGGAAAAUACAAAUCCGAUUCUGACCUCAGUAUCAAUACAAACAUACCAGACUCCGGUUAGAAUGUAACUGAACAACAGAUUGUCUUUUUGAAUAAGGUUAAGUCUUUGUUUUAUCGGCACUGUUUUCCUGAACCAUUCAUGGAUUGUCUCGACAAAUUUAAAUUACACCUUGCUUGAAUUUAACCACCCUCCAACGAUAGUCUUGAGUUUUCGAGUAAAUUUAUCAAUUGUUUUGCAAGAAAAGCUACCAGUACUUGAAAUCAUAAAUUUUUUUCGUUCAACUUUUUUUAUAUUUUGUCAAUGUCUUUUGACUUUUUCUGUUUGGUAUUUUCAUGGUUACAAACUUGACUCAACAAAAACUGAACAUAAAUCAUUUGAAUCAUUUUACAGGGAAACCAUAACUUUUUUGCAAAGCAUUCUAGAUUACUAAAACUUUGGGGUUCAAAAAUCUAUUGGUUCUGUAUUUUAGUUGUAAUACUAGUAUGAAGCGUCAGUAUUAUAUUCAAUAAUUGUGCAAUAUUUUAUGAUUAUAUCUUACUUCUAGA